AUGGCCGGAAAUGGAACGGACGUGUAUCUCUUUCAUGAGGAGCCAUGCUGGCGUCGUCUCUUGGAACAUUUCGGCCCUGAUAAACUUCAUUUGACCAGUCUCUUUGAAGCAUUGGAGCGUUUACCACUACCGAGAGACUAUACUUUUCCUUCAUCCGCUUCAUUACCAGGCCGGAUAGAGCUAUUGGCCUGGCCUGGAACGCAAGACGACAAACAUGAAUUCCCCAUCCUCCCUGGCCGGUUUCCCCUUCCUGGUCUGGAAGAGCUGAUGCGGUUCGCAAAAAACCCUCCCAAGCCCUCGUCAUCAAAUAUCGUGCAAAGCUGGGUCAAUCAUCCAACAGAUGGGUUCCAACAACUCUCAUUUGACAUUCUUGUGAUUAUAUCAAGCAUGCUACCGACAAAGGAGGCUCUAGACCUCCGGAACGUGACACGAGCUGCAAUCCCACUUUUCACAUGCUCGCAAUUCUGGAGAACGCGAUUUGCCCUCAACGGAGAACGUGGCUUUCUCCUCCCCAUAGUCCGGAAACUCUUCCCGCCGGAGGGCAAUCAUAAGAUCGACUGGAGACUCCUGUACCAUUGCACUGCCCGUCUGAACUGUAGUGAUUGGUUUGAAAUAGAGAUUCGGGCCUGGGAAGCCUUGCGCUGGCUUCGAGACACAGCUUCGGCUAUACACCGUGGGAGGCCCCGUCCGCCCGACUUCCGGGGCAGUCCAGCCCUGCAGCAUUAUCACAAUACCACCCGUCGGAACACAUUCAUUGAAUCCGUCGAGAUAACAUCUUCGUUAUGCAAGAUCGCCAUAUCUGCGCUCCAAGAAGCAGGAGAAGUGAACAUCACCGGGAUCGAGUUUAUCUUUGAUGAUGGUCGUCCCAGCGCCAUGCUUGGCUACGCUACCCCUGGAGCGCGGCAGAUGACACGCGAGAGAUAUGCAAGUAAAACACGCAGGAGCCCUUUCGAUAGGCAUACGACGUGGCCAUAUCCAGGGGUUCGGGUGACGAUGGAUGUCGUUGGUCUACGUGGGAUCGUGUACCUCAAAGAUGCAAACGGGAUCCACGGCGUUUCUAUAUACCAUGGUGAGGAGGCAUUUGACGAGAUUGAUCACACUCUCAGUGUCGGCCUUCCGGCACAUGACUAUGACGAAGAGCAGGUUGCAUAUUCUGUCUCCCUGGACAAGGUCGAAAAUGUCAUUGCAGUAGUUGAUAACCGCAAGAUGAUUGAUCUGGGAAUUUCCGGGAUGACAAAGAAGCGGUCUGUAUACGCCGAGGGUGAGUGGGAUGAUGUUGUGGAUAGCUAUAAAUGA